GUGUAGUUCUUCUGUCCAGGAAAUACGCGCUUUUCGCAGAGCUAACUUUUCUUCUUAUCUGACCUGGAGCCUUCUGCACGCACAAUGUCGGAACUCUCCGUCAAUGACCACCUUGAAGGGAUUUUAUCAGACUUUGAAGCACUGAAGAGAUCCUUUGACAUUGAAGAUGAGGACGACAUACCAUCCUUCUCCACAGCUUCCCCCGUCUCCAUCCCCAUUUCUCCUUCCUCGCCCCAUAUCUUCCUCAACCACAACAAAAUCAGCGAGGGGCAGGGAGGAGGUGGCCAGUCCCCUUCACUAACCUUCAACAACAACAGCAUGAGUUCUACAGCUCAUCACUCCCGCAUCAGCCUGAGUUCCAAUCCCAGCCCAGUGCUCAAGUCUCGUGCUGUAGUCAGCAGCCUGUCCUUCAACCGAGGAACCAUGAACAAGCCGGCCAUCCACAACAAUGGCUCCUCCGUGACCAGAGCUGCAUCCUUCCAGAGUAGGUUAAACCCCAAAGGUUACUCCAUGUUGACUGGGCCAGGCAGUGACAACGAUAGCCUUCACAGCUCCACAUCCAGCCUGGAGUACUCUGGAGGUGGUGGGGGUGCCCUCACUGUUACUAAACUAGGGUCAUAUCCCAGCUCUUCACCUCAAGGGGACUACAAUCGAACCCAGCCCCAGUUCCCACAACAGCACCUAGAGGGAGGUGCCAACAUGGAAACAAACCCCAACCUAAAGAAGUUCUCUUCCCAUGGGAGUGUUUUCCACUCUGAGAUGGACCAGGGGCCAGGAAUGAUGGGUUUUCCAGAGUCUGGGGGCAUGAACCACGGCUCCAUGCCCUGCCUAGACCUCCAAAUUCGUGAUGGAGGUGGGGGAAUGAUGAGUUUGCAAAGGGGUGGAGGUGGAGCCAGGAUGUCUCCAGGGCUGAGGUAUGCAAAUGCUAAUCCCAACUGGAAUGGUCGUCUUCAUAAUGCCAAUUCCUUUGGGGAGGAUGGCUACUGUGGGCCCAAAAACCACUCCCAGCAGCAAGGGCCCCACAUUCUCAAGGCUCCUCAGCCCAAGGCCAAAGAGACUCCACGUCUCAACAAGUUUCCCUUGGACCUAGACAGCUUAGUAAACAGCACCUCAACCACUUCUCUCAUCAAGGCUUCAGGACGAUCCAUGAGCCCCAACCCCCCCAAGCCUCCUCCAAGGAGCACAGGAGACUACCAACACCGGUAUAGCCCACCAUCCACCUCAGCCAGCCCUUCAGUCUCUCUCAGCAGCCUGGACAGUUCCUCUGACACCCCUCCCCACCACCACCCCUUUUUGCCUUUCUCCCCAUGUUCUCCAACUCCCUCACAGGGCUCCAUCCCUGUCUCAGAGAUGAGUUACUCCCCAAUGGCGAUUUCUACAGCCCAGAGUCCCCAGUUUGAGAUUCCCUCAGAGCCCCAAGUUGUCCAGGUGGUCUCCAAUCUGCCUAGCCCUUGCAGCCCCUCCAGUGCCAGAGGCAUCCGGUCUUUGGAGGAUAGCAUAGGUGAUGCCAGGGAUAGCGUAGGCUCAAUCUUACAGAGGAUUGCUUCCUUCUCCCAACAUGUUGACACCGUCCCAACAAUAGAGACCCAGCCCCCUACAGUCCAAAGCAAUGGUGGCUUGUCAUCUACAUUUGGGUGUCCUACUGAGACCACGCCCAGAUGGAACCAGGGGAUGAAGAAACAGGAAGAAACUGCUGGAGAGCUGGAGACGGACCUACUCGCCUCAAUGGAGGAGAGACAGGAGAAGGACAGAGGCAUCAUGGGACAAGUGCAAGAAGAUGAGGGCAAGAGUCAAGAACAACCAGCCACCAUGGAUACCCACAAUUCCAUAACAGACAAAGAGGAGAACUGUGUGGGGGGUCAAACAGAGAUGGAGGAGAAGGGGAAGGAGAAGGGGAUGGAAGAAGGAGAGAUGAAGAAAGAGAUGGAGCUGGAGGCAGAGGUGAAGGUGGAGUGCCAGUCUGUGCCAGGCCUGCAGGUGAGCUUCAUCCGGGGCACUGACCUGUUUGGCUACGUGGGCAUCGAGGCAGUGCUGGACCAGAUGAGGAGCAAAACCAUGAAGGCCGGCUUUGAGUUCAACAUCAUGGUGGUUGGUCAGAGUGGUUUGGGGAAGUCCACACUGGUCAACACUCUGUUCAAGUCCAAAGUCAGCCGGAAGUCCUGCACCCCCAACUACGAAGAGAAGAUCUCCAAAACAGUCAAACUGCACACAGUCAGCCAUGUGAUUGAGGAGAAAGGGGUGAAGAUGAAGCUGACAGUGAUCGACACUCCAGGAUUUGGAGACCAGAUCAACAAUGAGAACUGCUGGGAGCCAAUAGUCAAGUACGUCAACGAGCAGUAUGAGAAAUACCUGAGAGAGGAGCUGCACGUCAACCGCAAGAGAAGAAUACCUGACAGCAGGAUCCACUGCUGCAUCUACUUCCUCCCUGCCACUGGACACAGGUUGCGUGCCAUCGAUGUUGAAUUCAUGAAGAGACUGGGGAAGAUAGUGAGCAUUGUACCAGUUAUUGCCAAAGCAGACACACUCACCAUUGAGGAAAGAAAGGAGUUCAAAGAGAGGAUAAGGCAAGACUUGUCAGCCAAUGGGAUUUGUGUUUACCCUCAGAAAGAGUAUGAUGAGGAUCCAGAGGAACGCAUCCUCAAUGACAGGAUCAGGGAAAACAUUCCCUUUGCUGUGGUGGGAACAGACAAGGAGCACCAGGUGAAUGGAAACAAGGUGCUGGGCCGUAAAACAAAGUGGGGAAUCAUUGAAGUUGAAAAUGUGGGGCAUUGUGAGUUUGCCUGCUUGAGAGAUCUCCUCAUCAGGUCUCACCUGCAGGACCUGAAAGACGUGACACACAAUAUCCACUAUGAGACCUAUCGUGUACGACGGCUCAAUGAGAGCAACAUGAACUUCGGUGAACUGGGCCAGCCCACCUGGCUGCUGGACAAUGGAACUGCUGACAAAUGUGAAUCAGAGAGCCAUCUCUGAUCCCUCCAUCAGCCGUCUUCUUCCUGUAAAUGCCAGAGGAAUGCUAAUACUACUCAUCCAAUCAGAUUGAGAGAUGGGAAAAAGAGAGCUUUUUUCCCCUACUUAAAAAAUUAGAUGGAGAUUUUUUUUUCCUUUGCAUUAUGGGACAGACUAGUGGAUUGUUUUUAAAUGAAAAAAAUAUAUUUGAGCUUUUACAUUAAGACAUAAGGAAUGCAUCAAGUAUGGAUAUAUUUUUUAAUGGGAGUUCAUAUAUGUUUUCUGGAAGGAUGGUGACAUACAGUAUACAUGGCAGGUGAGAGCAGGCAGAAGAACGUGGCGCAAUGACAGCGCGCAUAAACAUAAGUCUCCCACUUUUAUCGAAGCAUCGUGGCAUCUGCUAUAUAUAAUGUACAUUAUACGCUCAAAAGUAUGUGGUUAGUCUAGGCCUUAUCACCCAUCAUCAGAGUUGGACCUCACUAAUGCAUGGUGGCUGGGUAGGAGCAAUGGAGCAUGUCACAUGAGUGGAAUGUUCCCGCGCUCUCAUACUUUGUACAGGUGUCCUCAAAUGUAUGGCAAUGCCGUGUAGGUCGAAUGUGUUUAAAUGCCAUCAUAGGAGAGACAUGUUGCUGUUGCUUGAGUAAUUAACUUCAUCAUAGAAACAACAAUGAACAUCAAGCAGCAACACAAAAAUAAAGCAGGUAAAUGAACCCCUCUUCAAAAAACCUCUAAUAUAAAAUGUGAACCUGCUGCAGUGCAAAGUCCUGCCCUGUUGAUUUUGACGGUAUUUGUUUCCAACAGCACUGUUGUCCUCAAAUGUUCUAAGGAUCAAGUCAGCCAACAUGCUGUGGGGAGGUGGAUGAUGUGCAGGUUUAGUUUAAGGGUUUUAAGGUAAGUUUUGAAAAGAUGGCUGCCUUUUAUACUUCUGACCUAAUUUAAUGGCAGAUAUAACUGACUGUAGGAAAUACAAACUACUGUAAAUGAUGAUUAAACUGUAGGGUUUUGGAGGACAUGCUGUAUUAUACCAUUUUCCUUGCUGAGUUUCAACCCUUUUUUUUCAUUCAGAUCUCCAUGUCCACAAGUGUAUCGAUAAAACUGAAGAUGCUCUUUGUGUGUUGUUUUUAGCACACACAAGUAGUACUUUUUCAGUAUGCUGCAGUCCACAUUUAAGUGCCAAAACAACAGAGAAAUGCUUAAUUUGUACAUUUAUUCUUUUGAAGAGUAACUACACCCAAACAUGUUUUGGAAUAAUUGACUUCUAUUUAUCACUUGACACAGACAGAAUACAUCUAGUCAUUAAGUCAUCAGUUGAGCACAUAAUGCACUAGUGAAUGUAUUUAUUUGAAAAUCUUGCUCAGUACUCCACCCAGUGGAUAAAAUGAGCUGACGGAGCAGAUGUUUGUGUCAACAAGGGAAACAACUAGGCUAAGUCAUUAGUAGCAGUAGUUACUAAGUUACAUGCUCAGUAUGAAAGCAGAUGCUGAAGGUGUGUUCAUUGACUUUGCAAGAUCAUAAUCCUGUGUCAUUUUCAAAUUUUAAUCAUCCAGAGCAGGUUUUGAAUAGGAUAGUUAAUGUAGGAAUUCUAACCUUUAUUUUUGUAAUUAGUGGUUUCCAUUUAUUAUUUUUUCAGUUUGAUGGAAAAUAAUAAAUGAGAUAACAAGCGACUUUUAUCCAAUACCUUAUACUUUUCGUGUUCAUCACUUAUUUAAAGCAAUAGAACAGUAUAAAAAAGGCAUAGUUAAGAAGGCAAAAGGAGACCAACAGCACAGAGUCAUCACUCAUAAAAAAAUACCCUUUGUAAGUGCUACUGUUGGUUGUAAGCUGGAUUUGAAAUUUAUUUUGUUCAUGCUAGAGAGGCGGUCUGAAUCUGGUCCAAGCCUUCUUGUCACAACAGAUCAAUAAACCUGCAGGCAAAUUACUACAAGAUACUGUAGAAAGUAUAAGAAACCAUCUGGACAGCCUGUGCUGCUCACAGUUUUUUUUUUUUUUUUUAAAAAAAGGAUAUUGUGGGUGACGGGGACCAGGAGAGUGGGAUGUGAUCAAACAGUAAAAAUAAUAACUACAAGAAUAAAUCUUAACAACCUGGGGAUGGGGUUGCUGCAGCACACUCAGCAACAUGAUGCAACGACAGGUGUGGAAUCUCCUCAGGACCAGCUGCACCUUGCAUGCAUGGCACAUCAAUCAACAGCGGCCAGUUAAAACGUUCCUCAGUACUCACAAUGACUUUUGGCAUGGUGCACCGUACAUUGCAGUGGACUUGAUAAUGAAUAAUCAGUGUCAUUUUUCCUUCUGGAAGAAAAUUUUUGGAGUUGAAGGAGUGUGAAAUGGGGGGCAGUUUUUGCUGGCUGUGGUCAGAGAUGUGCUCUUUUGCACCUGUAACCAUACCUAACAGUGGUGUCAUUGUGCAGUGACACAGCUGUUGUUAAGUUGUUGUUCAAUGACAUUUGACAAAUGACAAAAAUCAUCUGAUAAGGAUUUUAGUUGGAUGGUUAGACUAUAUCCACAAAAAAGACCAAUUCCUCCACUCACUCAGCACAGUAAAGCUUCCUUCUGUCUACUUAAGUAUUACUCAUUAACAUGUAUUUCUGUUUCUUUCAACUAUCAAAGUAUUAAAGUGGCGCUCAACAUGCCAUACUGUUUAGAGGAGAUACAACACUUUACUGACCUUAUUGGAUCCAUAAAUUCAUUUCUGUUGCAUUUCUGAACAGGCCUGGUGUGAUACAUUUUACUUAUGAUCACACCAAACUGUGUCUGUAGCUGCACUGUGAAGCGCUGUGUGUGCAGGGGUGUGCAGGGUGUGAACACAGCAACUGCUAGAUGGCAGCACAAGCAGGAUUUUCAGCCUGGGUGUAGUUCUCUUGAAAUAACAAAUGAAUGAUGGGUCAAUAAUGGCUGUCUUAAAAAACUGCAGAAAGGGCCAUACAAAAACUUUUCACUAGCUAGCUCCACCCCCACCUUUUGCAACAAUGUUGUCAAUAUAAAAAUGGCUUGUUGUGCCAAAAUGGUUCCACAUUUGUGAUCUAAAUCAUUUGAAAGUGAAAACAGAUUUUAGUCUGUUUGAGAUGUGUUUGAUUUAACGUACAUAACCGUUUAUUAUUUGUUUGCAGUUUUAUGAGGCUCAUCGUUAUGUGUGUUACAUCAUUACAACAAUCUGACUAAUUACACAUUUUGACUUCUCAUAGUAGGAAAAGCACGGACAUUAUUAAUAACAUUAUCAAAGUCGAUCUAUUCAAGUGUCCCUGUCGUGACAGUGGGUCAGCAUGCACAAUACCAGAACCCUGAAGCUGAGCAGCAAACUGGAAUUCGCUCAUCAUUCAUUUUACUCUUUACACCUGUGCUUUUUCUCCUGUGACAUGUGAAAAAGACUCAUGUGGCAUGAUUACUGCUGUAGGAUCUAAAUUUUACAUGACGGCUCAUGAAAUGUUAAAAUGGUUGUUAAUGUUAAGAUGGCAAAGCAUGCUCAGCUGUCUUUCCGUGGAAUAAUGAAGAUUAAAAUAUAUUUUUAGAGAAGCUGAAUAUGAGUAGACUCCUUUAUGUAAGUACACAUGAUCUUGUGUGAGAGUAAGCUCCAUGUUAAUACAUUAACAUACACAUUGUGGAGUAAUACUGGAACCAUGCAGUGCUCAAAAACAUUUAACAGUUAUUGGGUUUAUUGUUGGUCUCAACUCAUCUGAUUUUGUCGCUGCAUUUUUACUGUGUUCCUAAAGAAAAGAAAAUACAUUUUCCUUUUUUUCAAAGUAAGUGGCAUCCAAAAUAUCAGAGUCCCUCUGAUGCAACCCAAGUUUUGGAUUAAGUACAGGAUGUGUGACGUUCAGUGUUACUGUCCUCUUUCCUCUCAGCCCUGCUCCAUAUCCUGAACCUCCGUGUCAGCCUCCAACCUUUGUGUCUUAUGCUCAGCAUGUACUAACAGUUCAUGUAUGAUUAUUGUUUUUUUAAAGUAUUAAUGAUUACACAUGUUAACACUGUUGAUUUACAAUUAAAUACUUGUCACAUUA